UCUAAAAUACUUGAACAGUUUCAUCUUUACUUUUGACGCUUAACGUACGCGGUCUUCCAGUCUUUAACGUGUUCGAGUUUGAAUUCAGUUUUUUUUUAAAUAAUUUAAAUUUUAAAUUAAAUUGUGCAGUGUUUUUUUUUAUAAAAAACACGUUUCUAUAAACGGUAUCUAAAAAAAAACUAAACACUUCCGACAGACCUACGGACACAAAACUUUUUGUUUUAUACAAGUCUGGUGGUUUUUUCCCAAAAACAAAAUAUAAUCGCGUUACUUUUAACUAAAAAUCAAUAAUAUAAAUUAUUUCUACAGUAAAUACAGAAAAUAAAAAAAAAACAAAAUUAUUUAAAAAUCUAUGCAAAAAAAAAAAUAAUUUGCUAAAAUCAACACAGACAUUUAAUUGAUUGUAACACAAACUCAAAAUAAAUAUUAAACAGUAAACAAAAACACAAAAACACACAUACUAUCAAAAUGAAGAUCCCUACCAUGAUUACCGAAAUCGAAGAAGUACCUGCCAUUAUGGUGGGAGAUUACAAACUACAAUUUGAAUUGGGUGAACCCUGUGAACGUACCAAAGAAGUGGCUUUACGUGAACUACGAGAAACUCCAGAAAAUAUUCAAAAAGGCACAGCGGAACUUAAAAAGUUAUUGGAUAAAAAUAAAAUAAAAAUGUCUUCUGAAAUAAAAACUGGUGAACUUACUUUAAAAUUGGAGGUGUCAGAACCUAGAGCGGAAACUCAAAAAAAGGCUUUACAGGAACUUAGAGAAACACCCGAAAAUGUACAAACUGGAUUAAAAGAAUUAAAAAAAUUAUUACAAGCUGAAUCGGAUUUAAAUAUACCCAAGACCAAUGACGAGUGGUUAAUGAAAUAUUUAAGAGUUUGUCAUUUUUAUGCAGAAAGUGCCAGGGAUUUGAUACGACGUUACCAUAGUCUACAAUUAAAAUAUUAUGAAAUAACAAAUUUAUUAAUACCCAGUAAAUUGAAAGCUAUAUUUGAUGCUAAUCUGGUCUACAUAUUACCACAACGUGAUCAACAUGGUCGUCGUAUAGUAGUGUCUAUAGGUGGCAAGCAAUGGGACCCUAAACUUAUCUCCAUAGAUGAUAUCUUUAGUGCCAGUACUUUAUGCAGUGAACUAUUGCAAUUGGAACCGGAAACCCAAAUAAAUGGUAUUGUCUAUAUAAUGGAUAUGCAGGGUUUAACUUUGGGUCGUGCCUUACACUAUACCCCCUAUAGGACUAAACGUCUUCUGGACUAUUUACAAAUUAAUGUACCUGUUAGAGUCAAAGGCUUUCAUGUGGUCAAUCAACCGAAAAUCUUUCAACCGAUUUAUGCAGCCGCUAAACCAUUUUUUUCCACAAAAUUUGCCAAACGUAUCGUUUUGCAUGGUUCUAAUUUUGAGUCUUUACAUCAAUAUAUAACGCCUGAAUGUUUACCAGAUUGUUAUGGCGGCUUUCUAAAGACAGAUGUGAGGUAUUCUGAUGAAACGUAUAAGUUGUUGUCGCAACAUGAGAAAUAUUUUGAAACUUUACAGUUAUAUGGUUUUAAAAAAUCCUGAACCAGACUGUAGCAAUAGGGAGGUACUAAAAUAUAUAGCUUUUAAGGAAUGUUAAAGGUUAAGGAAUGAAGUUGUAUUAAAAAGAAAACUUUUAUAUUAUACAUUAAAGAUGCAAUAAAUUUGGGUUUAAGCAUUGUU